AUGAAGAAGAUGCUCGUUGUCCUCGCUCUCCUGGCUCUCGCCACGAGCAGCGGCUCUGAGACGACGAACCCUUGUGGUUGCGAGCAGCAGGGCCACGAGCAGCAGCAGCAGCAGCCGCCGCCGCAGCAGCAGCCCCACCAGCAGCAGCAGCCGCAGCAGCAACAGCCCCACCAGCAGCAUGAGCAGCAAUGGCAGCCCCAGAAGCAAUGGCACGGGCAGCAGCAGCAAUGGCAGCCGCAACAGCAAUGGCAGGGAGGCUACUACGCCAUCAUCCUGAACCAGUGCGACGAGUUCCUGAGGCAGCAGUGCACCCCUCUGGCGAUGCCCUUCCUCCAGUCACACCUGCUGCCGCCGAGCAGCUGCCAGGUGCUGCGUCAGCAGUGCUGCCAGCAGCUCAGGCAGGUGGAGCCGCAGAAUCUCCACCAGGCGAUCUACGGCAUGGUCCAGUCCAUCAUCCAGCAGCAGCAACAAGAAGGCGGGUUCUAUGGAUAUCAGCAAGGCGCCCAAAGCCAGAUGACGAUGAUGGCGGCGGCGCAGCAGCUGCCGGCGAUGUGCGGCCUGCACCAGCAACCGAGCUAUGGCACAGCUCCGUGGGGCAUGGCUGGUGGUGGUUUGUACCAGCCGAGCUACGGCACAGCUCCGUGGGGCAUGGCUGGUGGUGGCGUCCGCUACUGA